AUGUAUCCCCUCAUGCCGGACCCAAGGAUAUCAUUCCAAUCAUUUCUAUACGACAACCCCAAUGUCGAAUUCAUCUGGCUACAAUUCAUGUCAUACACAUCAAACACGCUCGUCCGAAUCAUCCCCAUCGCCAAAUUCAAGAAAAUGCUCCAAGAAGACCAAUGGCUCGCCCUGACCAGAGCAGUCCUCCACCUCAUCCCAGGCGACCGCCUAGCUGAAGGCGCCAGCCCAAGCGGUAAAUUCCACCUCCGCCCAGACUUCAGCACCGCAUACUGCCAACACGGCUCAAACGGGACCCGCGCCGUCGUAAACGUAUACAGCGUAAACUCCAAGGGCGAACCACUCCCCGAAUGCGCACGCUCAAGACUGCAAGAACUGCAUCAAACUCUGCAAUACGAGAACGACUGCAGCAUCCUCAUCGGCUUCGAGGUAGAAGUCACAUUCCUCAAGCCAAAAUUCGACGGCAACCAGCUCGUCGACUAUGAACCGCUCAACACGCCCUUCCAGCAUUCGUUCACGGGCAUGGCUGCCGAAGACAGGCCCCAUAUCGAGUUGAUCGAGGCCGUGGCGCGAGCCUUGGCCUCCGUCGAUAUCGAAUUGGAGCAAUUCCACGCAGAAGCCGGUCCUGGACAGUGGGAAUUCGUCCUCCCGCCUUUCGAACCGGUCAUGUCUAUUGAGAUUCUUCUUCGCGCGCGUGAAACGAUCAUGCUGGUUGCGCAGUCGUUCGGAUACCGCGCUACAGUCGCAACACAGCCAUUCCCGCAACAGCCCGCGAACGGAUCACACAUCCACAUGUCCCUCAACGUAAUGGGUGAGUCGACAAACGCAGCAUCCGCAACCCGUCACCACGUCCAAGCCCAGCAGCACAAAGCGCAGAGCCAAGCCGCCCAUCGACAGAAAGCCGAGUCCUUCUUCGCGGGCAUACUGCACCACUUCCCCGCCAUCUUGGCCUUCGCUUUACCCAACGAUAUGAGUUACUCGCGCCUUGCGUCGGGGACAUGGAGUGGCGGCGAGUAUGCGGCUUGGGGCUGGGAGAAUAAAGAAGUAGCCCUCCGCCGGAUUGAAAACAAUCGCUUCGAAAUUAAACUCGUGGAUGGGUUUGCGAAUCCGUACCUUGUUCUCUGCGCAUUGUUGAGUGCUGGGAUUAUCGGGUUAAGGGCUGGGUUGGCGUUGAUGGGGGGUCCUUGUGAGAAGGCGGCGGCGCAGUUGUCGUUUGAUGAGAGAUGUAAGAUUGGGUUGAUGGAUUCGUUGCCGGAUCAUCUUGAUGCGGCGCUUGAUGCGUUGGAGGAGGAUGGGAGGAUUCAGUAUCUUUUGGGGCAGGGGUUGGUUGAUUCGUAUCUUGGGGUUAAGAGGGGGGAGGCGGAGGUUUUGAGGGGGAUGGAGGACCGGGAGAGGAGGUUGGUUUUGCUGGCGAAAUAUUGA